AUGGUAGGAGGGAGAGGAGCCGAAAGGCUCCAAUCUCGACUACUGCACCCAGGGAGCAGGGGAGGGCGGAGCGUGAGAGGCUCCAAUCUCAACUGCUGCACCCAGGGAGGGAGCAGGGGAGGACGUGAGUCCUUUUUCUGUUGUAGGCUUUAUAAAGCUAUAUUUAAAAGUUUAUAUAGGACCAAUAGUAUUACUAAAGCUUCAGAGGAAGCAAAACUUUUAUGCCAGCGGGUGCACCCUAUAAAAUGGCUAAAUGGUUUCUCAGUUUUUCAUGGUUUCUCAAGGGAUUUCUCAGGCUCCAAUCUCAACUGCUGCACCCAGGGAGGGAGCAGGGGAGGACCUGAGUCCUUAUUCUGUUGUAGGCUUUAUAAAGCUAUAUUUAAAGGUUUAUAUAGGACCAAUAGUAUUACUAAAGCUUCAGAGGAAGCAAAACUUUUAUGCCAGCGGGUGCACCCUAUAAAAUGGCUAAAUGGUUUCUCAGUUUUUCAUGGUUUCUCAGUUUUUCAUGGUUUCUCAAGGGAUUUCUCAGGCUCCAAUCUCAACUGCUGCACCCAGGGAGGGAGCAGGGGAGGACCUGAGUCCUUUUUCUGUUGUAGGCUUUAUAAAGCUAUAUUUAAAGGUUUAUAUAGGACCAAUAGUAUUACUAAAGCUUCAGAGGAAGCAAAACUUUUAUGCCAGCGGGUGCACCCUAUAAAAUGGCUAAAUGGUUUCAAGGUUUUUCAUGGUUUCUCAGUUUUUCAUGGUUUCUCAAGGGAUUUCUCAGGCUCCAAUCUCAACUGCUGCACCCAGGGAGGGAGCAGGGGAGGACCUGAGUCCUUUUUCUGUUGUAGGCUUUAUAAAGCUAUAUUUAAAGGUUUAUAUAGGACCAAUAUUAUUACUAAAGCUUCAGAGGAAGCAAAACUUUUAUGCCAGCGGGUGCACCCUAUAACAUGGCUAAAAUGGUUUCACAAGGGUCUUGUGGUAUUUCAUGGUUUCCAAGAGACCCCAAGGUCUCAAAUAUGCUACAGCACAAAAAACAGUGACUUUCAACAUGACCUUCAGACAGCACUUAGCUGUGACUGAAGGCUGUUUGACUGUGUGCUGUGUGCUGUGUGGCUGUGUGCUGUGCUAUCUGCGCAGUGCAAUGUACUGUUUCUGGACUUGGUCCACGCAAUUGGGUGCAAUGAAUUUUAUUGGGUGCUCGCAAAAAAAAAAAAAUGGAUCCGUCGCAAUGCAGCGCAAAACAUGGAAACUUGGGAGCCACAGUCCCCUCCCCCUGGUCUGCGCCACCUGAACGAAAAAGGGUGGCAAAUCUCCCCAAAUCUCUCUGGCUAAAGUGACUGCUGCUUUGACCGAUACAAUGGAACUGGAUCGGACCCUAUGGAACUACAUUGGACUAUACUUACUGUAGCAUAUCUCUUUUGUAAAAAAGAUCUGUUGCACAGAUCUGUUGUACAUGUAAUUGGUUGUAUCUGUCCUCUCAUUGUAUGACGAGUCAGAACUGAGCUGUGACUUAAGUGACUGGGAUGUUUGCUGCUGCUUUUGUUUUUUUUCUUUCUACUCUAUUCCAGAAGAGAUACAUACUUCUGGAAUAGCCCCCCUGGUCAGUGGCCACCAUGACACAAAAAGAACCUAUGGGGGUGAGUAUCCCAAUAUCCUCCUGGCUCAAGUAACUGGUGUUUGUUGCUGCUUUGUGGGGGGGUGUUUUCUUUCUACUCUAUUCC